UUUGAUUUUUUUGGUUUUUAUUACUUUUAUGAAUGUAUUUUAUAUUUUUUUCUUAUGCUUUUGAGUUUAAAAAAUUUUUUUAGAGAGACGAAAAGGAUACAAACUGAAGAAAAUGCUCGUUUUCUGCCCAGCCUGUGGUACUUUAUUAACACUUGGAGAAGGAAAUUCUUGCAACCAAUUUUCAUGUAAAUCUUGUAGUUAUGUUCUCCCAAUAGUUGAAAAACUUUCAAGCAAAAUUUAUACAAAGAAAAAGGAAGAAGAAAAAAUUUUGGGAGGUGCAGAAAUGUGGGAAAAUGCGCAAGUAACAAAUGAAAGAUGCCCAGUUUGUUCCCAUGAUAAAGCCUAUUUUCAACAAAUACAAACACGAAGUGCUGAUGAACCUAUGACAAUAUUUUAUCGUUGUGCAAGUUGUGCGCAUAGAUGGAAGGAAUAAAAAAAAGUUGUUUUUUGGUUGUUUUUUAAGUGUAUUUUGUUAAGAAAAUUUCUUAUUUUUUAGACCUAUUUAUUUUUUUAAAUUUUCUUGUUAAAAAACGGUUUAAAAAAUAUUUUAAAAAAUAUAAGGACAAAGUAGAAAGCUCUUUAACAAUGCUGGCUGGAUAUGGAACUUCGUGACCCUUUUUUGUUAACAUAGCCUAGCGUUAUUGUUAUUUGUUUGAGCAUUAACAAUGGUGCCAUUUUUCUGUACCGUUGUGUCGGCUGGCAUUUUGUCGUAUUUCCCCUUUAUGUACGUUUAGUCGUCUACCACUUAUGUACUGUUAUGUUUCUGGCAUUAUGUCGUUUUUGUCCCUUGUGCCAUUUUGUCGUUUACCAUUUUGUCUAAUUUUCAAGUAUUUGGUGUUUCGUAAUAU